CAGUUGUAUUUAGAAUCAAUUCAUGAUCUGCUGGCUCCUGCAAAAAUCAACAUAUCCAUUUCUGAAGAUCCUAAGUCAGAUUGGGGAAGGAAAUCGUCUUGUGGCUAAUACUAAGUUGAAUACUGAAUCUUCUCGAAGCCACGCUAUUCUGAUGGUUUAUGUACAGAGAUCUUCUAGAGGGCAGGAAGGAAAUGGCUCAUCUUCACGUGAUAUGUCUUCUUCAUCCAAGUUGCCAACUAUACUGAAAAGCAAGUUGCUACUUGUUGAUCUUGCUGGAUCAGAAAGAAUUGAUAAAUCUGGUAGCGAGGGUCACAUGCUAGAAGAGGCAAAGUUUAUUAAUCUUUCUCUUACCUCCCUUGGAAAAUGCAUAAAUGCUUUAGCUGAAAACAGCCCGCAUAUACCAACAAGAGAUUCCAAGCUUACGAGGCUCCUUCGUGACUCAUUUGGAGGAAAUGCGAGGACCUCUCUUGUCAUAACAGUUGGGCCAUCUAAUAAACACUAUUCAGAAACAGCAAGCACAAUAAUGUUUGGACAGAGGGCAAUGAAGGUUAUCAACACAUUGAAGCUAAAGGAAGAAUUUGAUUAUGAAAGCUUGUGCAGAAAGCUUGAGAAUCAGGUAGAUUUUCUCACAUCCCAGAUGGAAAGGGAGCAAAAACUUAGAGAUUAUGAAAAAGAUAUCAUAGAAAAUCGUUUGAAAGAGUGUGAAGUAUCCUUAGCUGAAGCAGAGAAAAAUCUCGCUAUGAUGGACAAGCACCAACUUGAGAGCUCAGCUUUUCAGAAGUUACUUGCCGAGACUACACAAAUGUAUGAGAAAAAAAUAGCAGAGUUGAUUAAGCAAUCUAGUUUGGAGGAACAAUUGACUUCUGUGCAAGAACAAUUGAGUGAUAGUAAUGACUCACUUGAGCUAAACGUCCUAUUUAUCAAGUUAUAGUGCAAAGAGUUCACUCCAUUGGUGUUGUUGACACUCCUUCACUACUUUGGAAAGCAAUGUUGCGACAUUCAGUUCCUC